AUGGAAUUAAAGACAAAAAAAAUAACUUUUCGGGAUGCAGAAAAAAAGUAUAGGAUAUCAAAGUCUACUCUGCAAAGAAAAGUAAAUAAUAAAAAUACGAUGAAAGUGGGCGGACCAAAUACAUUGUCGGAAAAAGAUGAAGAAAAUCUAGUUAAGGGAAUAUGUUUGUCUAGUAAAUGGGGAUUUCCUUUUACAUCUAUGGAUAUCCGGUUAUUGGUACAACAAUUCCUGAAUAAAAAUGGUUUUAAGGAAAAACGGUUUACAAACAAUUUACCCGGAUAUGAAUGGUUCAAACAUUUUUUAGAUAGACAUAAAUCUAUAUUAAGUGAGCGAUUAGCCGAAAAUAUAAAGAGAUCAAGAGCGGAAAUCAACCAUGAAUCUAUAAAAAAAUAUUUUGAACACUUAAAAAACUCGUUAGCCGGAGUUUCUGCAAAUUUAAUUAUUAAUUAUGACGAAACCAAUAUUACUGACGACCCUGGGAAAGCCAAGAUAAUAACAAGGAGAGGUUGCAAACAUCCAGAACGAAUUUUAGACUCGUCUAAAUCUAGUGUAUCCGUAAUGUUUGCUGGAACAGCCUCCGGGUAUUUAUUACCACCCUAUGUGGUAUACAAAGCGGAAAACUUAUAUGAUAGUUGGACAGAGGGUGGGCCUAAAGGAACUAGGUAUAAUCGUUCCAAGUCUGGAUGGUUCGAUGGUGUUUUAAUAUGUUUUAUUUCAUUUUAUAUUAACAAGUAUGUUAUUUUGGUUUUGUUAUUGUAUUAA